AAACGCUUGUUUCCUCUCCCUCUCAUCAUGGCUUUCAACGAUUACGACGCGGACGCUACGGAACUUCUUGAAACUUAUGACUUUCUUAUGAAAUACAUCAUCAUCGGCGAAGCGGGGACGGGCAAAUCGUGUCUCCUGCAUCAGUUCACGCACAAUUCUUUUAAGGAUCAUUCACAACACACGAUCGGAGUGGAGUUUUCUAGUCGGACCGUAAAGCUGGGGGAGAAGAAGAUCAAGCUGCAGUUGUGGGAUACGGCGGGUCAGGAGCGGUUCCGAUCUGUGACUCGGAGCUACUACCGUGGUGCUGCAGGUGCUAUUCUAGUGUACGAUAUCACGAAUCGGCAGUCGUUCACUAAUCUCGGCCGGUGGUUAGCUGACGCACGGGCGUUGGCGAGUCCAAAUCUUGUGGUUGUCCUGGUUGGGAACAAGUCUGAUCGUGAGGAUGACCGUGAAGUCGAGUGGGCGGAAGCGAGUCGAUGGGCUGCGGAGAAUGACGUCCACUUCCUCGAGACAUCGUCAUUGACGGGAGACAACGUUGAAGCACCGUUCCUUCUCUGCGCGCGCUCAAUCCUUCUUGCCAUCGAAUCAGGCUCUUUAGAUCCGGAUAAGGCGGGCAGCGGCGUCAGCUACGGUGAUCGUGCGCUACGCCGAGUUAACAGCUCCAGCCGGUUGAGUUUCGGAAGUCUUAGUGGUCGGCGACGGAAAGGAUCUUCCAAGCUACGACUCAAGGAUUACGUCCCAGGCACAGCAAAUAGCAAAUGCUGCUGAGGGACUGCCGGCCAGUCGACGUUGAGGUUGUUUUCGUCCCAUGUCUGUCGUCGUUAUAUCUCUUGCAAGUCAUACCCUCUAUCUGUUAUACCACCCUAAGCGAACGCUUAGUUAUGCAAUUUAUACAUUACAUGUAUUACAGGGAAGUUACGCUAUCGUUAUUUACCAUUAAUCGCCUUGAUUAUCCCUUGGGUUUGUUGUGUAAUCGCAUGUAGACCUUGAUAGACUGUGUACGCUGCCCUUCAUGCUAAUCUUCUUCCUCCCCAUUUGAAUUUCUCUCCCUCCAUUACUAUCAGGACCUAGUAUCGCGUUAUAUUCGCAUUUACAUAGCAAUUCUAUCGACAUAGACGG